AUGGAGACCGAAACAUCACCACAAGUCACAUCACAAGAAAAGGAGUCCACGCAGCUACCCCUCCGUUUCUACUUUGCAUUUUCUUCGCUGUCAGCUCUGGCACUGGCUGCAGCACUGGCUACUACAUCGCUUUCUAUUGCUCUCCAGGCUAAAACAAGUCAGACAAUCGAGGAAGAUUUUCAAUUAUCGACACCCAAAACUUUCUGGCUUGGGACAUCAACUGCUCUCACUUCCACAAUCAUUCAACCAUGUUGUGCAACUCUGGCCGACGUCUUUGGUCGCAAGGCGACGUUGACCGGGAGCGCUGUGCUCCUCGCUGUUGGGUCUCUGAUCGGUUCUGUUGCCCCUAGCUAUGCAGUUAUCCUCGUGGGUCGGGCAUUGCAGGGCCUCGGGUCCGGAGGUAUCUCUGCACUUACAGACAUAAUCGUAACUGAUAUUGUUCCUCUACGCGUUCGCGGGAAAUGGUUCGCUUUUAUUAGCGUACCGUGGGCCAUCGGCACGACGAUAGGACCGGUCAUCUCUGGCAUACUGACAACAUCAGGCUCUUGGACGUGA